AUGUCCCUGAUGUCCCUGAUAUCCCUGGUGUCCCUGGUGUCCCUGAUAUCCCUAGUGUCCCUGGUGUCCCUGAUGUCCCUGGCCCUGGUGACCCCGGCGUCCCUGCCGUCCCUUGCAUGCGCCAAGUUCAAUCAUAUCAUCAGACCUCUUCUUGAUCAGAUCAGCCCCAGAUCAGGAACGACAAACGACGAACGAACGAUUGGAACGUCGAACGAUGGGUUUUUGUCGGUUGCCGGAUGGGGAUCGUAUCUACUACCACCACCACCACCACCGUCUUGCAAUUAUGGGAGGAAAGCACUCCGGCGCACUGGCUACAGCUUUCGGAUCCAGAUCCGGAUCCGGGUUCUGGACACAGAGAUCCAGAUAGGAACUCCAGCCACCGAUGGUUUGCUUCGAGGCAUGAUCAUCUCAGUCUUAACUCUUGAGUCUUGAUUCUUGGCCUGGAGGCUUGACCUGGUGGGCGACGGGCGACGGGCGGCACGGACAUGGCAUGUCAUGUACACAUCAUGAUCAUCACUGAUUAGGAUUCAGGC